AUGGCAGUAGUACAAGAUAGAGAUAAACUCUGCCACGCAUGCAGUCAAAUUCCCCCAAUCGAGAGUUUCGGAACAGAAUUCCAAACCAUUUGGGCGUCCUUUGCGGAGAUCGAGAACGGAGCCCACAGCGGAUGUCCCUCCUGCUCAUUUUUCUACUCAACCGCCAGUGGCUCGGAGCGUGAUCAGGAUUCUCCAGCCCAACCGGCCGUUCAGUAUCCUUACGGCCUGAGAUGGAACAGUUUCGUGCCACCUGCGCCAACGGCUCCAAAUGAAAGGCCGACGCUCGAACUGCUUUGCGAAGCGAGAUUGCCACCCGCCAUAGCUGAAGGAAGCUUCGACUUCGCGUUCUACGAUGUGUUUGCGAAAGCGGAGGAGCCAUUGGCGAAGAUACUCAAGAUCCACGAUGUCGACCCGGAUCCUCGGUCAGACCGAGUAUUCAGUGGGAUUCGCAGGUGGAUCGAAACGUGUCGUCGGACGCAUGCCGCCUGUCAAUCGCGAGACGAUCCAGUCCUGCCCAGGUUUAUAGUUGAAAUUCGUUCCGGGUCGGGACCAGCGUUGGCGCCGCGGUUGCGGCUUGUUGAAACUGACGGGUCGACAAAGGCCCCCUACAUCACGCUCAGUUUCGUAUGGGGUGUCCAAGUGCAGCCGGUCCAACUGUCCAAGGCAAACUUCGGCCAGUUCAAGAAGUCGAUCGACUACACGCUACUGCCACAAACCAUUCAAGACGCCAUCUACGUCGCGCGGCGGCUGGACGUGGGAUACAUAUGGAUAGACACUCUCUGCAUCGUGCAGGACGACAGCGAGAUCAAGAAGCAGCAGAUUGCCCAGAUGAACACGAUCUUCGGUCACUCGUACCUCACCGUGCAGGCGGGCAAUGUCCACUCCGUACACGAGUCGUUCCUCCGGCCGCGUCCUCCACCUGAGAAAACCCCACUACAGCUUCGAUAUAAUGACGCCAGUGAUGUCUUUCUGCGAGCAAACAGCCUCCAACAACCUUUCAAAGAUAGUCCCGCAAACCGCCGCGGCUGGGUCUUCGAGGAAAGCGUCCUCCCGACCCGCCUCCUCGUCUACGGCACUCACCAGACCGCAUUCGCCUGCAGAACCGUCUGCGAGCUCGAAGACGGCUUCCGCGGCCAACUCCGCAACGUACCCUACCCGAGCCUCCUCCACCCACCACGAUGGUGGAUCGGCGAACCCGAGCACUUCGCCGCCCGCCCGCCAGACCGCAGACUCGACUUCCUCCGAUGCUGGUACCGGGCCUUGGACUGGUCCUACACACGCCGUCUGUUCACCCUGUCGCACGACAAACUCCCCGCCAUCAGCGGCAUGGCCACCCGCCUCCAGUCCGAGAUCGGUGGCCGCUACCUCGCCGGGCUCUGGGAGUCCGAUAUGCCCUGGUCCCUGCUCUGGCAGUCGAGAGACCACCAGGGCAAACCCGCAUGGAUCAAGGAACCACAGCAUCUGACCCGGCCUGCCGCGACCCGAGCACCCUCGUGGUCCUGGGCCUCCGUCGACGGGCCAACGGACCAUGCAUUCAUGGAAAGAUUCCGCCACCCUGACGGUCCCCUGGCGACGGCGUACACCGAGUCCCUGAGCGCGGAUCCGCUGGGCGUUCUCUCCGACGGCGGCGUGCUACGCAUCAGCAGCGCCCUGAUCUACGCGACCGUCAUCCCGCCCACGCACCCUGAAUUCCAGUGCCUUGGCCCCAUCGCGAGCCGCAAACAUCUCGUCCAUAGGACGAUUCUGUCGCUCUUGGUCUGGGCCAGACCAUCCACAGGGGCGGGAGCAGGAGCGGGAGCAGGAGCACACGAAGCGAGCUUACUAGGCCUCGCGAACUUCGACAUCAAGGCCGAACAGGGCGCCGGUGUCUGGUGCCUGCUGAUCUCGCACGCCAAGGGCCUGUUGCUGGAGUGUGUCGAUCCGGGAAAGAAGAUCUUCGCGAGGGUCGGAUACUUCUCCUUAUCUGUUGAUGACUGGCUUCCGUCGUUGAACCAGGAGCUGCGGGUCGAGGUGACGAUACUCUAG